GCCCGGGACUGGACCGUGCGGGAAGUCCGCGACGGCCGCGUCCUCCUCGACAGACCCCGCCGCCACGACUCCGGUGAUGGGCUCGGACCCCUCUUCAAUGAGAUGGUGGUGUGCGACCCCCUGCACCGGCAGUAUCUCCUGCUCCCCCCAAUCCCCGAUGACAUGGCCGCUUCGGUUGCGGACCACCUCAUGAUAUAUGGGCAGAGCUUCGCCGAGACCUUCCUCGUCCCUCCCGGCGUCGACGAGGAGGAAGCUGCUACGGCUACGGAGGAGACGUCAUUCAGGGUGAUCUGGGUGGUGGUGCUCCAAGCUAAGCAGAUGGCCCUUGUCUUCUCUUCCCGCACAGGGCAAUGGCGAGCCCUGACUCGGAGCGAGUCGUUACCUCUACCGGAUUUCACAUGGAUGGCUUGCUUCAGGUCACGCCAUUACGCCCAUGGCUGCUUCUACUGGAUUUCAGGUGAAAAAUUGCUGGUGCUUGACAUUCAGAGGAUGGAGUUCUCCAUGGCUGACCACCCACCCUGUGCCAGAGCUCCGAGCGAUGAUGUGGCCAUUGCGGAGGCAGGCCAAGGCACGAUUCGGAUGUUUGUGCCUACACCCAACACAGCUCGCCGUAGUUUUACGGUUUGGCGAAACAAUGGUGGGAUUUCCACCCAGUGGCAGUGGCAGAUGGAGAAUGAAACAAUCUUGCUGCCUUCUGGGUCCUUGCUCACGGGUGCAGUGGGGAGGCACUUGCUCCUAUAUCAUGUGGGAAGCUCGUCAAUCAGGCGAGGUUGUUACACGCGCGGCGUCGACACAUUCCAGUUUGAGAGGGUGUGUGGUUCUGCUUCAUUGCCCAAGCCGUCUCAUGUAUAUUGCAACUUUCCACCGUCGUUAUUAUCGUCACCGACAGUGUCAAGUGCCACACCCCACGCUGACGUCCGAGGAGAGGGGGGAGCUGUGCAGGUGCCUGAACCACAAGAAGUCGACGCUGGAGGCAUGGAAGGGUCCGUCCUCUCAGUGGCUGCCGAAGCUCCAAACCCCAAUGACGAAGCAGAGGCGGGUUGUGGUGGGCGAGGAGGAGGCGCUGGGGCUGGUGCAGGGGCUGAACCUCCGGAGGGUGCAGGGGCGGGUGGCGUAGCUUGAGAGGGCGUGCAAGGAGGCGAGGGGCCUGCCGGUACCAGGGUGUCGAGGAGGAUGAUUGUGGCCAAGGGCAACAAGUUCUUCAGCUGGAAGGGCUGCUUGCCUUGUUGGAUGUGAUACCUAGUCUCAUAUCCUUUUGUAAGUUCAUUUGCCUGAUGUGUUGUGCUGGUCUUUUGGUUUUUGCUGCGUGUUGGUCACUCACUGGUUAUUAGUCAGGUAGGUAAAUGAGCAAGAGUGGCAGCUGAGCUGGGACUUCGAGCUUUCACCAUUGUCCCCUGUUUGCUCUUGUCGUCCUGUGCAACUGUUGCGAGAUGACACAAAAGCAUUGAGCUCCAGUUUGCAAAAACAUCUUAUAUUGUGGGAGGGAGAGAGUACUUCGCAUGUUAGUUUUGUCUGUACAGUUUGACCAAAUUUAUAUUGAAGAUUUUCAACAUCUGCUAUA